UGGCAAAGGGCAAGAGGAAUGUAAACACGGGACCUGGAGAGUGGUUAUCAGGUAACUGGGGCUACCCAGACCGUGGUGGAAACGGGAGGAAGAGCAGGAAAAGGAGGCGAGAGGGUCUUGUGGUUAAGGGAAGAAGGAGCUUCACAAGUUGGAGGUGAGACUCUACAGAGCUGUGGCAAAGCCGGAACAAAUGGCUUCCUUUGGAUGGAAGAGGAAGAUUGGUGAGAAGGUCUCAAAGCUCACUUCCCAGCAGUUUGAAGCUGAAGCUGCUGAUGAAAAGGAUGUAGCUGAGAAUGACGAAGGGAACUGGCUCCACGCCAUUAAACGUAGGAAAGAAAUUCUCCUUGAAGACUGUGCUGAGAAAAGUAAACAACUGAAGGAUGAAGGAGCCAGUAUGGCUGAAAAUAAAAGAUAUCGAGAGGCUAUUCAGAAGUGGGAUGAAGCACUACAGUUAACCCCAAAUGAUGCUACGCUGUAUGAGAUGAAAUCACAGGUCCUUAUGUCUCUUCAUGAAAUGUUCCCUGCAGUUCAUGCAGCAGAAAUGGCUGUCCAGAGAAAUCCACAUUCAUGGGAGUCUUGGCAAACUUUGGGACGUGCUCAGCUUGGAUUAGGAGAGAUAGUCUUGGCAAUUCGAAGUUUUCAGAUAGCCCUUCACAUCUAUCCAAUGAACCCUGAAAUAUGGAAAGAAGACCUUUCUUGGGCAAGAACGCUUCAGGAGCAGCAGAAGGCAGCCCAGAGGAUUAAAAAAAGUGAAGCGCCAGCGGAAGUAACACAUAUCUCACCAAAGUCGAUUCCUGACUAUGACUUUGAAAGUGAUGAGAUUGUUGCUGUUUGUGCAGCUAUUGCUGAAAAACAGAAGACAGUUUCAGAAAAUAAAACAAUGGUUAUUGUGUCAGCUUCUGGGACUGUAGAGACUGUAACUGAGAAGGAAGAUGGUGCUACACCACCAGAUGGUUCUGUUUUUAUCAAAGCCCGAUGAAGCAUAGCAGGAAUUAAUUGAAUCUGUCUUUUUGAUUGCCACUUAAAGAGUUAGGAAUGGGGGCAUUUACUCUUGAGAAACAGGGUAAAACUCCUGUUUGUAAAAUAAGUUUUUCAGAUGAGACAUAAAAACUAAAUGGUAGAAUUAUUGUAUAGUGUUUGGACUAUGCUUUGAUAAGUUAUGAUUUAAACUUCGUAAGAUUAGAAUUCUGAGUACAAUGGUUUUUGAUUAAUAAAUUUAAUCCAAAUAUAUAAAUGAAUACAUUUUAAAGACACGACUUGAAAAGUGAAUUCUCAAAUAGUGAAUAACUUGAUGGCCAGUGUUAUUAAAAUGUUGAUCGUUGACUUCUGUUUUAUGAUAAAGGAGGUUGGUGAUUUCUUCCCCUCCUAAAAAUAUACUGCUGUUACUAUUCGCUCUUCUAUUUUUCUUGUUUCAUUGGAGUAAGUCUGUCACAAAGCUUGAAUAUUUUUGACAUUCAUUGUGAUUCAAAGUUGUCAUUGGUUAUAUGUAGAUUCUUUGAAAGUUGGGCUGGCAAUGCAUGCAAAUAUGUACAUUCUGAACAUUUUCUGUAUCUUCUCUUAUUCUGAUUUGUGCUUAUAUUUUGACUUUAAAAUUAUGAUAGCGGUGGUAGUUAUCGCCUUCAGUGUUGGAUGUGUGAAGUACUAACAAGUGUAAGAAUGAUGGUUUUAUUUUUUAAUUGUUAAAGUAGAUAGUCCUUACCACAAGUGAGUCAUUUUUAAGAUGUGCUUUUUAAAAACAUGAAUGGCUCUUCUCCAGCUACAUCAUAAAUUGUACUGCAGUGUUGUCCCAGUCAAAAGCAGUAUUUUCUUCAUUUUUAAAAGCUUAAAAACCUUGAAAGUAACUUAUCUUUUGCUUGUAACUUUCCAGCUGAUGGUUUGGUAGUCCUUUUCUAGAUAACUUGUUUGGAACUACUCAGUGAAAUGAGAAAUAAUCACAAUUUUAAAUAGCUAAAUUAUAUCUUUCUAAAAAUAAAAAAGUAGGGAUGUUAUUAUUAGAGUGCCAGUGAGUGACUAAGUUAGGCACAACAUACAUGGAAACUGAAAUGUGAUUUAUAGUACGAUCCCAUGAGUAAAGAAGAAUAUAUUGAAGAAAUAGUUCUUUGAAACACCAUAGUUACAUCCACAAAUCAAUACUGUCACUGCUAAUGUGAAUUAUUAUUUUUAUACUGCAUAUAUUGUAGUGUAAUUAUAUAAAACUACUGGGUACUGUUACUUCUGAUACUCAGGAAGCUGUUAUUGGUGUAAAAUUAAUUUUAUCCUUUAGUAAGUUACUUUAAGAAAUCUUACCUUGUUUGGAGCAUAUAAAUAAUGGUCUACAUUUUUAUGAGAUGAUUUUUAAAAUAUUUCUUUUAGUGGAAUGUUCACCUCUUUUUUUUAGAGUCAGAGAAGUCGGCACUUGCCUUGAAAAGUAUUAUAUUUUCCCCCAAAGUUAUAUUGGAAAGUUAGCUCUGGUUAGAGAGGUUAGUUUUAGAAUGAUCCGAAAAAACGCCCACAAAUAUUAAUUAUAUUUUAUUUUGUUAAAUAAGAAAUAUUCUCAAAGGGUAGAUAGUUGGGUAUCUAGAGAAGUGAGCACUUAUCAUUUGGUAUGUUGUUUUAAGUAAUGGGUAUUUGUUUAUUGUAUAAUUUGUGAAUAGUUUUUGCUGUAUUUUAAAGAUUUGCCUAUUAUUUUGUGUUGCUAGCUUUUGAAAAAUUAGAUUUAUUUUUUUCUCAUGUAAAAAUGAAAUAUGUAAAGUAUCUUGUAUGGUGUCUCGCAUCUGAAGUACUCAGUAAAUGCUAGCUUUUUCUAUGAAGAUCUUGAAUUAGUUUGGAGAUAUUUAACCUCUAUUUCUUCUGACUGUAAGAAAGCAGAACUUUCUUUGUAAUCUUUUCCUUAUCUGAAAGUCAGAAGUCACUACUUCUGAUAUUAUAGGACAGAUGGUUUAUCAAUUGGGGAUUCUUAUUGGUAUAAGGUCUAUGUUCAACCCCAAGAGGCAAGACCCAGGGUGGAGUGCAUGUAGCCACUAGAUUCUGUUGAAGAACCCAGUGUUUUCUCUGUGUUGACAGGGGUAGGCCAGGUUCUUCCCUUCCUUACUCACAUGUAAGACAUAAGAUGGUUUACACAUGAGGUGGAGGAAAGAAAGAAAUAGUGAGUUAUGGAGAAAGAAAGCAGCUCAUUUCUCUAGGCCCCCAAAAUGCUUAGCUAACACUCUUCUAUGCAUGAAGAGAAAAAUAUAUAUAUUAUUUUAUAAGGAUGUGAAUAGUGAUAUACUGAAAUCUGCUAAGCUUGUUAACUGUAAUAACAAAUUCUUUUGAAUCAAAAAAAAAUUGAUGUUUGUGAUAAUAUAAAGAUGUUUAAUAUACUUUGUGAAACAACACUGAACACCAAAAUUAUACUGUAUAUAAUUUGUAUUUUUCUUGUUUAAAAACUGUGUGGCAUAGACACUCAUUAGUCAGAAUACUACACAUCCAGACCAUGCCUGAUAAUUUGAGAAUCACAUAUUAUUCUCUAGACAACAGAUUCUUAGAUUGUAUUCAUCUUAAAUGUGCUAACAAAUACUACAUAAACAUUGAAAAGUCAUGCAUGGUAUAAAUAAUAGAAGUUAAAUCUACUGCAAUUGGGGUCUAUGUGCAAAAUUUUAUGGUACCGUUGUAGUCUAAGAAUGAAAACCUUUUAAGUUGAUGUUACAUGGCAAAACUAUAACGAAGACUUAAAUAAAAAGCUUUGUCACAGAAAGCUGGAGUUUCCCUGA